AUGAAUCAAUGUUCAUGGACAAACACUGUCGACGUCGAAAACGUCGACGCCGUCGACUCCUCAACUGUCGCAUGUUCCGAGGAACAGUUCUUCUCCGGCGUCAUAGACGGCGUUGAAUAUGUGGCAUCGUCUCGUCUCGCCGAGGCCGAUAACGUCGUACCUUAUCUUUCUCGCUUGCAUGAUCAAGUCUUCUAUCAGGACCGGGAUGCAAGUGUAUGUGCAUUGUAA